AUGACCGAGUUUCCUCAACAACAGCAACAGCAAACCAACUUUCAACAACAAAAGAAUCUUGAAAGAGGCUGUAUUUCAUGUUGUGACAGCAUUGAAAGAACACAAAAGGUUUAAAACUUAAAAGUACACGAGGUUUCAGUCAGUUGUCGGUAAACAAACUUGGCGAUACAGCAGAAGUUUUACGCACGAGUUCACCUGUCAAAACUUUGUCCAGUCUGAUACUAGAUUGGUCCUAGAGCGUGACCAAAUUAAAAGCGUGACCAACCUAAAAACAAUGUUUUCAAAGGUCUUUGUCGUAAGGCAAACAAUCUAGAGAUUCAAGAUCUUUACUGGAAAAACUCCAUUGGCUGCCUUUAGGUAAACUGCUUAACGUUUCGCCAAGACAAACGCAAGCUGAAUGUCUUAGACUCUCCUUGCCCUCCCUUGUAGAGUCUGCUUUAGCCCCUCCCUGCCAAUCCGUAGGGGCGUACGGGCGGGAGUACGCUGACGUCAUAACCAAAUUUUCUUGCAUCGAUAGGUUACCAUUUUCUAUAGCAAUGGAGGCUCCGCCAUGAUGAAUGAAACAUUGUUUUUGUUUGUUUGUGUUUGUUGCAGGAGUAUUUGAUUCCUCAGAAUGUGGAAGAUUAUUCUCUGUCUUUCAGUCAUAUGUCUUACAACACUGACAAACGGUAAUUAUGCAAGUCAUGAAUUUACUGAAGAUGUAAUGUUUUGUGAAACCUGCCAACGUACUACAACAGGGUGCGAAAUUUAUGGUAUUACAGUUGUCAGAAAUGACCAGAUUUUGACAGUGACGAACAAAUGGCAGGACAUGGUUGCCCUUUGUAGGGCUGUGCUCUAGCAGCGCCCGUUGGUUUUGGGUUUCAAUACCGUUAAUGACAAGCAUCGUGUACAUUUUUGGUAUUUGUUGUUUUGGAAAAAGUCUUGAAUUUUGGAUCCAAAAAUUUGUACGAAACCUGUUUGCACAAUACGACGAUGUCAUCGAAUCAAAACAAAUACAUCCCUUCCCACCUCUCAUUCAACCAGCGCAUACAAUCCUUGUGUUAACGAGAUUUUAUCUAUGGUUAAAAUGAUAAGAAAGUGAUUGUCACGUUAUAUGAGUUAGCAUGUAGCAACAAUACAUUUCCCCUCAAACCCAGUUUUCUCAGAGAAUCUUCAGAGUUAGUUUGUUGUACCCAAUAUUGACAUUAUUGUGUAUUUUUCCCCUAUUGAAGAAAGCAUCACCCGUGAUCUUGCGAAAAAAUAUAUAUAUAUAUAUAUAUAUAUAUAUAUAUAUAUAUAUAUAUAUAUAUAUAUAUAUAUAUAUAUAUAUAUAUAUAUAUAUAUAUAUAUAUAUAUAUAUAUUAUCUAUAUGAACUACAGCUUUAAGAGGGAUUUCUGCCACUAAGAAAAACUGCCACCAAUCGCACGUCAAAAUACCAUAAUUUUACCUGUGUUAAUAUCAGGCAAUCAGUGAACUACUUGUGUUACAAUGAAGACACCUGCCGUUGAAGUCCAUAGUCGUCGCCUUACAUCCAUUGCAUGCUUGCUCGGGUUUAUGAAGUUACUAAGAAAAAGGGGGAGGGGGCGAACAACGACUUUUUUAAUAAUUAUUUUUGAUAGACAUCAUAUUUAUAGUUUGCAUAAUAGAUAUAAAUUCUUGGAAUUUAACCACUUGCAUUCAAAUCGAUAUGCGUUCACUCGUGAGAUACGGGCUUGACGGUAAAUUCCAUGCUUCAGCUAGCCUAUGUAUUAUAGUCUAUGCUUCCUAUAUUUUUCGUAGAACAAUCUUGUAUUUAGUGGGCACCUCCAUUAAGCGGGCUCUAGCGGGAGUCUAGUGUGUGUCCUUUUGGGUACUGAACUUUCGUAUAAGAUUAGGAAUACUUAACCAAAGCAGCUCCACGGCCAAGUAAAGACCAAUAUAAAUGGUAUAAAGGAACCACUCUACUGACAUCAUCACCACCCUACAGAAUAGAGCAUAGGGAAUUCAGUGCAUUGAUAAUUGAGAAUGUUGUCAAGAAUCGAGACGAGGGACCAUACACAUAUUAUGGAGCAAAUUGUAGCCAUACACAUGUUAUGCAGAAAAUUUCUUGGGUAACGCGACGGAAACAGCACCAGCUACAGCAAGAAACUCGAUGGGCAAGGCUUGAAACCCAGACCUCCAGAUCAAGAGUUCAAGGUCUGUUAAUCCCUUGGUAACAUACGCCUCCUUAUGGGUACAUGUUGCUGGGCCUACAAAUGGGCGUAAAAGUCACAGAUAACUGCAUUCUCGUUGUCUAAAUUGCAGGUCAACAGGUGGCAGACCCGCCAAGAAUUGUUCACUUUCCAACCAAGGAUUUACUUGCUCCCGAGGAUGUUAAGUUUAGUAGACAAAAUGCCUUGAAAUUACCAUGUGAUGCUGUUGGGAAUAACUUGCAAUGGACCUGGAAGCACAAUGGCACAGCAAUUACGACGGGUGGUAAGUUCGCCAUUGGUGUUGAUGGAACCUUAUACGGAAGUUACCUUGAGAGUGCACAGAGUGGAAAUUACCAGUGUUUUGUCAGGGACAAUGUUACUGGAAUCGAGACAUUCAGCAGGAAGAUACAGGUUGCUGUUACGGGUAAGGAGUCAUUACCGUAUCAUUAGCAUAAGCAGUUCAACAGAUCUAAACAACAACAAAAAAAACAAAACAAUAAAGCCUAAGGCUGUGCUUUUGAUGCAGAGCUUGAAAAAAAAAGACAAUGAAUUCCAGCUUGUCCUUUGGGCAAGCAGCCCUCACAUUUGGCUUGUCCAAGGCCAUUUCUUGUUUGUCUAAAGUGUAAUUAUGAUUUUGUUAGAGGAUGACCUGGCUGAAACCUUCAGUUAAGUCAGCUUUGAAAGUUACUUGCCCAGCAAGAAUAUCUCUUUUCCCCGGCGGACUACCAGAUUUGACAUUUUUUAGCCCUGCAAAAGGCAAGUAAAAAGUGAAGAGUCCUAGCUUUAUUAUAACCCUAAGCGAAGUCCUCUACGUCGCAAGAAUCAAAAACUCAUGGCUGUGCUCUAAGAAAACCUGAAAGGAGCCAGGUGCUCUGAACCUGUGAAAUCCAGGGUUCAAUCACAAAUGUGCUUAAUGCUACUACAUGUAAGUGCAACCCUGACUAGUUGGGGGUGACAAGAGGAGCCCGCAAUCAUAAUAUCUAGGUUGUUAUUAUGCAUGCGUCACAUGUAUGUAGACAGCAUUUGUCUGGACUUCUACUUAGAAUGAAUUGAAUGCACAGAACACAAUUUGAUCACACGUUUGGACCUUCUAUCACUCAUAAUCUGAUCAAGCUUGUUUUGACCAUCUAUCACGUGAAACUUACGGGAAGCGCAGCACUGGAGCAAGAGUGUUUUGAGCUUCAGCCGUUGUCUCUGCACUCCGUAACCUUUGGUUAUUACUAGUUUAUAAUAUUAUUCUUGUUUCCUUGUACAGUUGUAGGGUCAUUCACCAAUCAAAUUGUCCGGGAGGAGUCUGUAGAUCUUGGGCAAGAGAUUAGUAUUGAUUGUCCACAGCACUCUGCCAGUUAUGGUGUCAGGUACUCAUGGCAGGGAAAAAUCAAUACUGUGGACAUACAGUUCAAGAGAAAUGAUCGACGAGCCAUAUCACAGACAGGGCAACUAUUAAUCAUGUAUGUUACCCAGCAAGACAUUGACGAUUUUGCAGAGUAUGACAGCCAAGGAAUCAGAUGUUUUAUGACUGGAGCAAACAGAUUUGAAAGUUCUGGUAUUUUUAAAAAGAAGAAAAUUGCAGGUAAAUUCUUUGGUUUUUUUUAACACAGAACGAAAUCUCAGUGAUUGAAGGAGGAACUUCCAUCCCAUUAAAUACGUGUAUUUAUAUUAAAUGUAACAUUUUGGGAGUGUCCUUUUGACCUGGUGUCCAUAUAAUAAAUUGAUUAUGCUAUUCUCUGUUUUCACUUUCAUGCCACCAAAAAUUAAAAUCAAAACUAUUCAAUACAGAAUGUUUGAGGCUAACUUGGAAAGAUGGAGGUUCUUUAUAUUAUUAUAACUUAUGCCAUUUUUUGCUGAUGAACAAGUCUUAAUGAAAAAAGGGAGGGGAGAUGUUACAUAAGAUGUAUCUUUACUGGUAGGCUAUAGCAUAAAGCAAGGGUGAAUGUUUUACAGAGUGUUGUGUAUUUUGUCUUAGGUCAAACAGAUCCAGGGACACCAAGAGCGCCUGCAUGGAGGCUUAUACCUGCUGCCACAGAAACGGCUGUGGAGGGAAGAAAUAAAACUUUGUAUUGCCUUGCAGUUGGAAGGUGAGUGCCUGCAUGGGUACAUUUACAAAUUAGGCAAAACAAAAUAAAUAGUAAUAAGAUAAGGAAAUACAUGUAUAUACAUACAUUCUACAUAUAUAAAUAAAUAGUUAGGAUGGACAAUUUUCAGAAUGAAUUCUGUUCAUUUAAGCCAAUAUCAAUGGCAGUAGCACUGGAUGGGUUUGUUUUCAGAAAAUUUAGGCAUCCAACUUUUUGGGGUUAGAACUGUAGGCUGUCAAUGCAAAAGCGUCCCUAACAGCCAACUGCUUCUUACACCCAUUCAUUAAAAUUGGGUAUCUGGUAAGUUGUUCACCUUAAACUACAUACAAACAUUUACCUCAGCUAUUAAACGGUUCAUGGCACAUUCUAUCCAUUUCUAAUGUCCUGUCUACCUGCUUCUGAUGCACUGAUUUGCUUUGUGAUUGGCUGUUCUCUGUGCCAAGAAAGCCAAUUAUCAUUUGAUGCAAAUUUUUCUUCCUUUUCAUUGGUCGAAAGCCCACCACGUGACCUGCAAAUAACUGCCUAAAAAUAAUGGUCUGCUCAUGUCGCAAUGUCGCGCAACUGUGUUUGGCUGCAAAUAAUAUUCUUCGAAUGCGUAAACGAAACCUUGCUUUUCUCCUUCUUGCGAUCGUUCUUGCGUGAAAAAAGGCAGAUCGCUUCGCUUCCCGAAAAUGGUCGUUAAAAACAAACGUGGUGAUCGAAUGACAAAACACUUAUUAAACUCGGUUAUCGCAAAAAUAUCGCGAUUUGCCAGUGUCUCGUACAUCAAUUAUUUGCCUCAGCCUUCGGCUUCGGCAAAUAAUAAUCUGCUCGCCACUGACAAAUCACGAUAUUUUGCUCAACCUCGUCCAAUAAUUGUAAUUUGUCCAAUAGCCCGGAAACAAGUAGACUGUGUGAUUGGGCUAGUACAUUCUGUUCUUUACGUGUCGGACAGGCAAGUGAAGUAUUCUGCAGGAAGUCAAAUCACAGAAGUAUUUUAAGACAAGUGUUUUAAUUUCCUGAUAUAUUCACGUGGAUCGAGAGUUGCUUUCAAGCUGGUCUGGCAUAGUGAAAUUAUUACACUAACUGUCUUGCAUGUAAUGGUGUAAAUUAUAAUCAAUAAAAUUGUAAUGUUAAUUAAUUAUUGAUCCUGCUCGUCAAAAGUUUGGGGGGCUAAUGUUAAAUUGACUCUCGGGCUUUAAAUAAGUACUGUACAUGCUUGUUAAUGGGCAAGCUGUAAAGCUGACUCUCUUAUAUUGCUCCGUACUGUUUAAACGGCUACAUUGUAGCUGUUAAGAACAUUAUUGCAUGAGAGAACUCACAAUUUGUUACCAGAAUUGAUAAAUUUUGUCUUGCUUUUAAAUUAGAAAAAAAAAGAAUAAUAGUACAGUCAAACCGCGCUAUACAGACACCCACUUAAUACGGAUGCCUCAUUAGUUAUUACAGACAGUUUGCUUUGUCCCUGGGGAUCCAAAGAAAGCCCUUGCAUUUUAUUUAAAUUCAACCCGCUUAAUAUGGACAUUUUCCGUGGCCUCCUCAUUGUCCGUAUUAACGGAGAACGUGGCUGUAGGAGUUUGCAUGCACCUUGAUAGUUCUUGAAAGUCCUUGAACACACACCUGACUGUAACACACUAAAACAUUGCAUAGCCACACGAAUCCUUGCAAUUUAGUGAUUGAUAUAACUAAAUGCAGUUGACAUCUGAUAGUUCAAAGCUGUUGCGCGUUAUCUUGUUACUUACAGACCUGUGCCAACGAUAACUUGGAAAAUGCAGGACAAACGUGGAAACUGGCAAAACCUUGUACAUGGACAAGAUAGUUUUGAGAUUGAUACUGCUUUCCAAGGAAGACUGCUUAACAUUAUAUCCGUUAAACAGAACAUGCAUGAGACCAGGUACCGUUGUGAAGCUGAGAAUUCUCAAAGUGGUGGAAACCCCUUGGUCCAUGAUAUACAGCUGAAUGUUGAAGGUAAGUGGCGUUAGUGCCGUCUCAAUCUCAUGCACUGAUCCCUUUAAUGAUCAAAUUAAGGUGGCUGAACACAGUUUUAAGGGCGGUUUAAAUUAGAGAAACCAACAUGGCGGCGAAAAAGGCAAUGGUACACAGAAGACAAUUUCUCAAAAUCUACUCAUUAAAAUUUUGUGAUAUUUGGCAGAAUUUUUACUUUUAUCAUAUUUUAAAUAAUGAGAAAUUUGAAAUGGAAGUUGAACCGACGAAUUUUGUGACACAUUUAAUAAUUACAGUACAAUUAUAUUAUUGAUCAUCUAAAAACCCGUCUGUUAAAAUUUGGUCAAAUAAGUUUCAAAUGGUAAUGAUUAAUUAUAGUAAGCUGUGUGCAAGUUUAUAGGAAAAUCUAAUGAGCGAAUUUUAUGUAAACUGAAAAAAGUGAAAUUGUAAGGUUGUAUUCAAUCGUUCAUGUUGCCAUGAAAACUACAAAAACGUCACAUUUUACCUGUCAAUCAAAAUCUUUCAUCAGUAUAUUUUUCAGUUGCCAAGUUUGAGCUUGUGAGUGCAACCUUUCUCUUCCAUUGAUUUGGCAAAUGACAUACAAACUGCCAAAACUUGGGUUCAGCCACCUUAAGCACUUCAAUCUUACUGUCACACUAAAUCACCGCCUGGUUAGCUUAGCUGGGAGAGUCGUUUGCUAGUCUGCCGAGUGAUAGGUCAUGCGUUCAAACUCUCGGCUGGACCAACACUCGGGGUCUUUAAAUAACUGAGAAGAAAGUGCUGCCUUUUUAAUAACCUCUGCAAACGGUUAUUUUUUUUCUAGUCUUCUUGGAAACGGAUGAAAAACGGUAUGUUCCUUCACAAAACACUUUCACUUAUCUGGUUCUUCCAUUAGUGCGACGUAAAACCAGAACCCACAUCACUGUUCCAAAAGACUAAGGGACAUAGACCCCAGUGGUGUGGCAACCCUUUCCUGGGGUGGGUGGGUAUCUGUAAGGACUGAUCUUAAUAAUACACUGUAGGGAUGUCGUAAUAGGUUCUUUGCAUGACUUGAUCACGUGAUCAACUUUCGGUAAACACGAAAACAGUUCACUUUUGAAGAUUUUGUUAGCAAAAGCUGAAAGAGCAUAUUAAAAAUAGGUAACCUGAGAAUUUUCAGCGGUAUAUCUCAAAAGUAGCGAUUGCAACGGCCACCGAAAGUUGGAAGCAUUUGUAUGAGGAAAAAACAACUUUUGCCAUCCAUACAAAUCCUUGUAAUUUCGAAAUUUUCAAAACUGUCAUAAAAUCCUUAAGCAUUAACGGGGCCCAAACCUCCUUUUAAUUCGUAAAGGCAAUUUGAGCCCUUAAAUGCGUAAAGGAAAGAUUCAACGAGAGUUUAAAAAUUUUAGAAUUUAUAAGGAUUUGUAUGGAAAACCAUGCAAGCGUGACUGGGUCGCAAAAGUUGUUUUUCUCAUACAAAUGCUUCUAACUUUCGGCGGCCGUUGCAAUCGCUACUUUUGAGAUAUACGGCCGAAAAAAUCUCAGGUUACCUAAUUUUAAUAUGCUCUUGCAGCUUGUGCUAACAUAAUUUUUCAACUUGAACUGUUUUCGUGUCUACCGAAAGUUGGUCACGUGAUCAAGUCAUGCAAAGAGCAUAUUGGUACCUUAAAUAACAGCAGUGAUUUUGUUACCUCUGCGUCCUGUGUCCCUGAUGCAUAAACAUCCCCAAAGACACAAAAUAAUUCAUGGCAUGCGUCCCGUAAGACGCAAAGAACGAUCGAUCGACUUGAAGAUUCUUUUUUUGGUAGAAUACCCUGUUCGUGUUAUUUCUGUUGCUGUUCUUUAAAGAUGCAUUUUGUUGUAGUUUUUUUUUCUGCUUUAAACAUGGCAAAUUGAAGAUUCAAUCGACCCCGAUAACUCAAACCCCGCUAACUCGAACUGUUUUUCGUGUCCCUUCAGAGUUCGAUCGAGUUACCGGGUUUCUACUGUACAAUACAACUGAUUAUUUUAUUAAUUCUCUUUGCAGUUCCUCCAAGGUUUGCAGCAUCUCCUCCGCAACAAGUUGAAAUUGAUGUUAAUGACAAUGGCAGCUUAACAUGCGAUGUAUUUGCAGACCCUUCGCCAUCUUUGAAGUGGUACAAGAAUGGAAAACAACUCACAACAUCAACGUAAGUUUUGUAACAAUUGUUUCUCUUAGAACACACUUUGUGAAUUGGUAAAUGUAAAGGCCACACCAUGUUUUUAUUCUCACACAUUGUUAUAACUGCUAACUUUUGAUUUUUUCUAGAUUUCAUUUGUAGUGUCCGGAAAAAUUUAGUGCUCUCAAGAAUCAUUUGAAUGCAUAAGAAUAUCAUGUAAUUUAAUACUCUACACAUCCUAGAUGAGCUUAACGUUUUGCACUGGAAAGUUAUAAUUCAGUCUAAGUUGCAUUCAGCUGUGCAUUUGGAAGUUGUCUUUAUGACGUUCAUAACUUGAAUAUAAAGAGGUAAAAUAAUAAUACAUUGUGCUAGGCAUGAAUAAAAAAUAUUUUCUCCUGCACCAAAAAGCUGAAGAAGAUAUGAAGUGCAAGGUGAAAGCAAAUUAUUUAGAUGUCAACGGACAAAAGUGGGAAAGGUUCUACUACUGUUGUUGUUUUUGUUGUCCAAGUUGGUAGCAAUCCCAAGAAAGAAGCUAAAAAGUCCCUGGAGGCAUGAUGACAAGCAGAUUUGCACUCAUCGGAAAAAUCAAUUUACACUUGACAUAGCCUGCGAAAACAGCCGUUUCUCCUCGCUUUCGUCGCUGAGGACGUUUCGCAAGGAAUAAUUUCUGCGACUCAGCGACAGAAAUUCCAUACUGAUGACGUAAAAUUGUUUACGAAUGACAGGCAAAAGACAAAAGGCCACGAAGGUCAAAUGUAAACGCGAUGAAUCUCGAAACAAAACAGUCAAAAUUGGUGGAGCAUAUUCUUCUCUAGAAGAAGCAUUUGAGCUUUGCUGGAGUUCAUUCGCAGAUGAACACAACACUUUAGUGAAAUCGACCAGGAGGAAACGUAAAAUUGAACAAAUUUGGAUGUGGAAACCCAUGACUACCGGAUAUAUUAUGUAAACAUUGAUUUACGUCAUCAUUAUGGAAUUUUCGUCGUUGAGUCACAGACGUUCUUCCACGCGAAACGUUCCCAGCGGCCAAGAGCAAUGAGAAACGGCUGUUUUCGCAGGCUAAACUUGACAGUGUUCCACAUAAACCUCCCCUCCCUUGCCUCUUUUUUGUUGCUAGUCGCAGGCACAGUUUCAGUAUGUUUCUUAUCAUGGAAAUAGAGGAUAUUACAUCCGGCGGAGAUAAGAAAUUUCCCUUCGAGUGUUGAAUUAUUUCGCGAGUGAGCGCAGCGAACAAGUGAAAUAUUUUUCAGCGAAGAAGAGAAAUUUCGUAUCUCCAAGCGGCUAUAAACACCAAUGAAAUACCAACCUUUUUCACUUUAAUAGCUUUUGCUGUGAAAGGCGCGAUCUAUUACUUGUUAUUUUCACAUGUGAAGAUAUCAUGUUUUUGCACGAAAGCUCACCUGGUAUUCUAUUGGUGUUUAUACAGUAAAAUGUCGUAUUUCACAGUGUACAGGUAACAUUAAGUGGCAACAAGCUGGUUUUCAAGAAUGUGAGGCACCCAAAUGAAACUGGAAUUUAUCAAUGUGUGGCGGAGAAUCUACAUGGAAUGAUCGUGUCGUCCACAUAUGUCAAAGUUCUAGGUAAUCACUUGGAAAAUUGCAUAAAUAGUAAAACUUCCACUCUAAUACUGGCGUGUUAGAUAAGAAAAACUUGACAUUGCAACUUUUGUAUAAGAUGAGGAAUACUAAACAUUGCUUGUAUGCAGGAAAAACAAAGAAACAAACCGCAAACAAAUCAGGUUGAGAUCACCGCACAAACUUAUGCAAUAAACACUGCCUUUUGCGCAUUUCAUUUCCGCUGUCGCGUCUUCAGUCUGCCUGUAUAUUCUUUAAGGGUAAAAUUUCUCGCACGCGAAUUUUUUCUUUUGCAGCCAUAAAACCAUCUUUUGCGGAGUCCGGACUUGGUCCAUUCUACUUGUUCAAAGGCACUGCAGGGCGGUUGACGUGUAAUCCAAAAGCAGCUCCACGGCCAAGUAAAGACCAAUAUAAAUGGUAUAAAGGAACCACUCUACUGACAUCAUCACCACCCUACAGAAUAGAGCAUGGGGAAUACAGUACAUUGAUAAUUGACAAUGUUGACAAGAAUCGAGACGAGGGUCUUUAUAAAUGUUAUGCAGAGAACGUCUUGGGUAACGCGACGGAAAAUGCAACAGCUACGGUUUUUGGUGAGAAUACCAUGCACGUAUGUCUCUUAAAUAAGCGAGCUUUAGAUAUGGCUCGGAGUCAAUGUCCAGUACUAGACUGCAUCGCAGACGUACUCUAACCCGGCUGGUUCAGUUUCAUCAGGCUAGGCAGGCUAGUCCAACACGAGUAUGACUCUAAACUUUCGAGCAGGUCCAACUCUUUUUUGGUAUAGUGCAAUGCUUAGUGCAUUACGGCAAAUCAGUAAACAAAAGAUGACUAUCUCGUCUACAAAAUUAAAAAUUCGCAAAACCGUUGGACUAAAAAAAAAAAGACACACACACACACACACACUCUGGAGGGCGGUUUCAAAAAGAUGCGGUUCCGUUCAGCGGAUUCACUGGUUUCUUGUGGACAGAAGGCCGAUUCGAAUAAAAAAAGGUUGCGGUUUCAAAAAUACCCGGAUGCGUGUGGACGGGCGUAAGUUUCCCUAGAGGGAGCUUAAGCAGUGACGACGGCAAGGACAACGUAAAAAACGCAAUUGGCUAUCUGAGCAAGUGUAUAAAGACGGAAUACAUUAGGAAAAUUGAGUAAUUUCAAUCUUCAGUAGACAAAAACCUUGUACCAGAAUAAUUUAAACAAUAUCGGAUUUUUUAAUUUUUUUUUUCAAGGGCUAUAGAUAUCAUUAGUUAUCUGUAAUAACACCAUAGAAAAUUUCUCAAGGGAGCCCGAGAAAAUGAAUGUCAAAGUUCACAAGAAUUGUGAAAACACAGGUAAAAUUCUGAAAAUUUCAUGUGUAAGAUGUCAUUUUGUGAACCUCGACUGAAAAUUAAAAUUACUCAAUUUCCUGAUGGGCUCCAUCUUAAGCUUUCCUUUGGUACAUUUCUCUGCCGUCUAUUGCACGACUCCGUCGUAAAACUUCCUUGUACAGCGUUUUUAAGGAACGUCAAUACAUGGUAAUAAAUUGACCUUUUUCUUUUGAAAUUGGAUAGAGUCUUUUAGAACUUGAAUCCUUGAAAACUUGCCUGCAUUUGACAAACUCACCGAGGCAGGGUUUAAAAGAACGCUAAUUCACUUCUUGGUGACCUUUUCGCUAACCGUCGUCGUCGUGGUUGUUUAAGCUUCCUAACAGCCAGGCAGUUAUGGGAGUUAAUCAAAACGCGCGGAAAUUGGUAUCCUCUGAUUUGGUAAAAUUAAUACUGUUGAUGAUUUUGUUUUUCAGAGAGAACAAUAAUUGUCGUUCAACCACGUGAUCAAAGCGUUGACAAGGGAACUCGUGUUGAUCUGAGAUGCGAGGCAACCGCUGACCCGUCUCUUGAGUUAAGAUACUACUGGAAAAAGGAUAAUGCUGUCAUAACGUACAACAACAAAACUCAGUGGCUUGAAGGAGCUAAGGUUCUGACAAUUGCUAACAUUACAGUUGAUGAAGCUGGUAAUUAUACUUGUGUGGCCUACACUUCUGGUCCAAUAAGAUCUGAAGAUCAAGCAUCUGCUACUAUUGAUGUCUCAGGUAUUAAACAGAACUUACUGACAUCGGUUUUUGGACUUAAGAAAUUGAAUUUGGAUUUUAGUUCCAAUAAAAUGCAACUUUGAUACUAAGUUGUUCACAGUAAAUGUAAUUUCUCACGAUUGAGAGACAUGGGAACGACUUAGUCAGAAAUUAAUAUUCUGAGGGCACGGUAUAGAGGCGCGCUGGUGUUCCUGGGAUAGUGUCGGGCUAUUUGUGGUUUUGGCGCGAGACUUGUACCAGUCCUUCUGAUAGUUUUCGUUUGUUUUGCAAGUUUUCCGUUUCUAUUAAUAUUUUAAUUUGUUACGUCUUCAGAUCUGUAUGUUUUGGAAUAACGUUUCUUAUUUCGGUGUAUAGUUUAUGAAUUAGGUAUUUAGACCCGCACCCUUUUCCAUUAGUAUAAUUUUGGAGUAGUCUACGUAACAUUGUAAUGUAUUUUCCUUGAUCCUUUUCCCCAGGGUUUUACGUGCCACCGCAUUAGUAGGGUAAUACGUUUCCACUCAUUUUUUUUGGCCACUUCGACCUCAAUGGUAGUUUUUAGUAGCGUAGUACAAGUUCUAGCUUAAAACAUAUAUUAGUAUUUUGCUAGAAGGAUAUCAUUGAUUUAACAUUUGCAUCAGAUGACUGACAGACGCAUCCUAAAUAAAAGUUUUCACAAUGAAUAUCUUGUGUUAGUGGAGUCAGAAUUUACAGUAUGUUGUGCUGAUGUGUGAACAGGGCAUAAUUACUUACCAUCUAGUGUAAAGACCAGUUUUGAAAAAAAGACGGCUUUCUCACACUAACCAUUUUUUUUUCGUUUAAAUCUGAUUUUUAUAGGUGCUCCUCCUCAUCCGCCAACAAAUCUUGCCAUAACAAAUUGCUUCAACCGCACUACAACGCUUUCCUGGGUUAAUGGAGCAGCAAAAGAUGCGUCCAUUACGAAGUUUAUUAUUGAGCAGGAAUCUUCAUAUGAGCCCAACGUGUUUUAUAGCAUUGAAAAUGUCACAAACCCUAAUGCGACGUCCUUUACCUUUAAUCUGACCGGAUGGGCGACCCUUCGCUUCCGUUUGAGAGCUGUCAACCGCUUUGGACCCAGCCGCCCAAGUGUAGCCACGUCUAAAUUUUGUCGAACGGAUGUUGGACGUGAGUAUACUUUUGGCUUUUCAACGAUCACGUGUGUAAGCGAAAUGUGAAGAUCAGUGAUAUUCCCCUCCCCCGGGCAAAAGAAAGUUAAAUGCCGCAGUGGCGGAUCCAGACCUUCAGAUAAGGGGGGGUGGGGCGGUCAUCCACACCCUGAGAUAAGAGGGGGGUGGUCUCAAAAAAAAUGUUUUCGGCCAUUCGGGCCUCAGUUUGGUCUAAAAAUAAGCGGGGAACUGGGCCCUCCAGGGCCCUCCCCUGAAUCCGCCACUGUAUCACAUUGAUUUUGGUCUUCCGCAGUAAAAAAAAUGCUGACUUUUGAGUCGCUAGGUGAAAUUACGUGUUGUGUAAGUCAUUCAAAGUCACUGCAGAACUUGUUGGGUUGUUUCUUGAUAUUGAGUUCGAUUUUAAAGCAUUCUUGGAAGAGAGGUGACUUAAAAUCUUUGUACUUUUAACAGCUCCGGAUAAAUAUCCAGACCAUUUCCGUGGAAAUGCCAAGGGGAACGGAGAAACUCGAUAUUGUUUGGACUGUAAGUAGACUUAGCCUUAGGUUUAAACCUUUAAACCCUUGUUGUUCUAACUUUCUUUUAAGAUAUUGUGGUUCAUGCGCCAAUCGAAGAGGUCGUGACAGUUAAGCUCCUUUUGAUAUUUCAACAGUUUGUCCUCGUGGCUGCUAUUUAAAGGAAAAAAAAACCGCCAUUAGUAGACUUACGCUGCACCUCGGACAAAGAAGAUCUAACCAAUAAUGAUUAAAAGUAGUGCCUGCAACACUAAGGAAACACCAAUUUAUAGGAUAUCAUAGCAAGAGAAAUCAAACUAGUGACAACUCAUGUCAGGGCUUGUUUCUUAAAGUGUUGAUUAGGGAUUAUUUAGUUAUUUAGCUUAUAUUCGGAGGGGCUUAUGAGCAGAGGUUCUACUUGCAAAACGUAACGAUUUUGCUGUUUUUCUUGGUAGGCAAUGCCUAA